AGUCUUAUUUGAGAGCCCGGAGAUGUCUGAAGAUCCAACUAGAUUCGAAGACUUUGAGAUUUCGCUGAGUAAGGGCGUGUCCGUUGACGAUGAACUUCCCAAUUUGGACGAAAUCGACAUCAUGGAAGAAGAAUCAGUGAAGUUAGCCGUUAACGUGGAUGGUAUCCGAGCGAUAGAGGAAAAAGAAGACGGCCUUAUCCCCCCUAUGGACGACGUGAUGCUUGAAUGUGAUGAUGACACGGGGGGAGGUUCCACUGGGGAUCCCACAACAUCUGAAGACUUUGAAGAUGAUGAUGAAGACUAUGUGCCGGGGUCGGAGGAUAGCAGCUCUGGAGGUAACUCGAUGGAAGAUGAAGACGAAGAGGAUUUGGAUGUCGAAAAUGUCGGCGGAGAUGGUAAAGUUCAGGAACGCGACACUACCUGCCAUCAUCAUCAUACUAAGGCUGAAGAAGAGGCCAUGGACACGAAAGCAAUGGAGGAGUUAGAGGUUGAAGACGAUCAGGUGUCGUUCACUGGUGGGGUUGGUGGCCUCCCCGGUGGGAGCAUGUUCCCGGCAUUACACAAGUUGGUCCUUCAGAAUUCGUCUGAUGACAUUACUGCUUACCUUAAUGAUACUGGUUUUGAAUCAAUGUAUUAUCAAGUAGAUGGUCUAGGACGUUCUCCUCUUCAUUUGGCAUUGUUAUAUGGUUUGACGCGAUCUGCUAAGGCGCUACUUGAGGCCGACGUAGUCUACUGCCAGUCGGCUUUUGAGCGUCGUCUAUCUAAUAUCGAAGUCGAAGGCGUUGGUCAUUUAAAAAUUAUCGAUGGGAAAAUAGUCGUUGUUGAUACGGAAAAUUGUGUGGUGGCGAGUAGUGUAGAAAAUCUGUGUGAAAUUAUUAGGCAAAAAAUAGAUCUUGUAGAAAGAAAUAAAUUUUCUCGCAGCCUGGCGAGUAGGCCCUUCGACGACCUCCCCACGGUGCAUUUGGCUAUGUCUACGGCUCCGUUCGACGUCGAGGCUGCCAUUGAGCUCAUACGACUCUCAGCUGGCCAUCCAGGCGUUAACAUUUCCACGGCCCUGGACUACUAUGGUCGUAAUGCUGUCCAUAUCUGUGCCCUGAGUGGUGCUGGUAUAGCGCUUUACGAUGCCAUCACUGAGGGUAUGUCGGAAGAGCAGAUCUACACACUAUUGUUACAGAGGGAUCGCUUCGGAUGGUGGCCUCUGCACUACGCCAUUGACAACAAGGAUCCCUCUGGCCAAAUGGUCGAGUGUCUAUCCACAUCAGAUCAGUUAGUCGAUCAGCAAGCUGACAACCUACACAUCUUCGUAUUCGCCGUCUCGCGCUAUGCGUGGAGGCAGGCCUUCCAGGUCGCCGUGCUCAUGGGUGGGCUAAGUGCCAUGCCUGAUGCCGUGCUGGAUCUUGCCGGGACAGUGGCUGAUUCCCAUGGGACCGCAGCCGAGUUCGAUGAGCUGAUCGCGGCCUUGGCUGCUGGUCAGUCAGGCCUGCCUGAUGACUUCGAAGAAAGGGCUCUGAGUGGUGGUAGCACUCUGGUCGUCACCGACUCAGGUGUGCUCAAUCAUAUGGGAGUCGACCCUGAGGGCCCACAUGCAGUCGGCGACCUUCAUAGCCGUCUUAAGCGCUUAUCAAGGGUCGUUGAGAAUCCAUCUAGGGUUGAGGUACUCACAGGCGGCGUAACCGGCUCAACCAGAGGUACGGUACACCACCCCGAGUUCGCCUCCAAGCUCUUCUUGGAGACCUCGGUCAGUGAUUGCCCUAUGGCCGACAUUCUGCGUGUUCAUGAUUGGACCUACGUCGAGCCAAUCAUUGCCAAAUGUGAAGCUCUGAGGAAGCGAGCUGCGGCUGAGGGCGAGACCAAUCUCAACCGCCGCAGUACGCCAAUUGACAAGAGUGAUACCGCAGUAACGGUCGACUCGUGGGCAGCGGCGCGGAAGGCCGCUGGCUGUGCGGUACUAGCAACCGACCAGGUUUGCUCUGGUACUGGUUACCGCAACGCCAUGGCGAUCAUUAGACCGCCGGGUCAUCAUGUUGCCUCUCGAGGAGCUGUGAAUCCUCAAUUAGAGGACGAAGACGAGGAAGGAGAUGGAUCACAAGGGUUUUGCCUUUUGAAUAACGUCGCUAUUUCAGCCGCUUACGCCCUCAGCAAUUACAGGUCUACCAUUCAACGUGUUGCUAUUGUCGACUUUGAUGUGCAUCACGGUAAUGGUACCGAAGCUAUCGUCCGCGGUCUGUCUGGACCCGUCACUGUGCGUAAGCAGAUGCGCGUGGCCGGCUGUGAGAUGACUGUCACGAGGUCGAGCCUAAUGCCUUGGGUCGAUCCCUCUACUGAUCGUGAUAAUGGCCAUACGACCGUUACCACUGAGUACGCUGAUGGCACUCAAGAUGUUAUGUCUGAUCACGGCCUGGCCGACCGCAACAUAGUAGACGUCGGUCUGAGCUCAGACUCCAAACCAGAAGAUCUUCGUAAGGUUUUUACUGAUCGGAUACUGCCAGCCUUACUCCGAUUCUCGCCCGACUUGAUCCUCAUCUCUGCAGGGUUUGACGGUCAUUUGAGAGACCGUCUUGCCCAAGGGGAGUGUGACUUCUCUGAGCGAGAGUUCUAUUGGAUGACUGAACAGAUUAUGGCAGUUGCAGCGCAGACAGCUGAAUGCCGAGUAGUUAGCGUCUUAGAAGGCGGUUACAACACUAAAGCUCAGUGGCUUAGUCCGCUGAGUCAAAGUGUUGCCGCUCACUUACGUGCAUUAAUGACGGUUAGUGCCCGGAAGCCCGAGGUAGUCGAGGAUCAACAGCACCAAGAGAUGGCCUCGUCGAGUAAACGGCCGAUUGAUGAGGACGCGGGAGAGUUUGAGAUCUUUGGGGAAGAUGUCCCAGACGUGAAGCGACCGCGAUUGGAGGUGGACUCUCCUGAAGGGGUAUAGUCAUUAUCGCCUGUGUAGUUGUAUAUUCCUGCUCGAAACUCUGUUGCCUA